UGUUCUCGCAGCAGCGAGGGAGGCAGCAAACACCGCAGCAAGGGAACAGGCUGCAGCAGCAGCCAGCGCAGCAGCAAUGGCUACCGCAGCAGCAUCCUCUGCUGCAUCCUCGUCUGGGACUUAGUUGGGAAUGCCCCCUGGGUCCCCGGGUACUUCCGGAUCUGUAGGUUCUGGUCAGUCCUCAAGUCAAAUGGCGGGCUCGCAGUUCAGCCCGUUGACCCCACGCGGAAGGGAGCUUCAAGAGCUCCAGCAAGUCGAAAGGAUCCGCGCACGGUUAGAGAGGGAACUGAAACAAGCAACGGAUAGAGAAAGGGAGAUAAAAAACAGAACAACCAGGCUUGAUACGUUAGAGGCAGACAAAGCUGCAUUAGAGGGUUUGGAUGAGUCAGCCAUGACUGACCAAAUGAAAGUAUUGAAGAACAGCGUACUGUCGCUGCAUGCGCAUGUGGACAGCAGACUGGACUUCAUGCAGAACUCUUUGGACCAGAUCUUGGACCUUUUGCAAAGGCCGGGAUUUAGGCCAGCAGCACAGUCGCCGUUACCGUUAACGACGAUGUCAGGCCCCUUUCCGGUACAAGCUGGCACACAACCAAGUGGUAUGUCUGCAGCAGCCGCACAGACUGUUGCGUCUUCUUCUUCUGGGUCAGCGGUGAUAGCUACACCAUCACCGCAACAACCUGUUCCUCAACAGGGACAGCAGCAAGGUCAAUGGUACCCAAAGACCCCUAUGAAACCGGCCCCAUCUUACCUUGAGGGUAAGGCAGCCAAAUGGCUGGAUGGAUUAGUAGCAAAGGCCGGGUACGGACGACGCAUGGCGAACUGGGCUAAGACCCUAACGUUAGAAGAGUUCUUAGACAUGGUAGAAGCUCGCAGGCAUAAUCCACAACAGGCACAAAUUGCCACUGAUGCGAUACUCAGACUAGACCAACGAAAGUACAAUUUAGUUAGAGAGCUAACGUCUACCGUAGAGAGCCUCAUCGUCGUUCCCGACAUACGCUACGAUGACCAGGUCUUAUUGACCAUGUUUGUGAGAUGUCUCCCAGAGAAUCUCAUAAAUUUGCUGGCCAGCGAGGCUCGCUUUGAGUAUCAUUCCUUUGAGACCUUCUCUAGAAAGGCCUUAGAUUUAGAGGCUACUCUAGGAAGUGCUCAGCCUACUCCAGUAGACGGGAGGAAGAACAAGAGUCCACAGGAGUGGAAAAAGAAGGGGAGUCGGUUGAUGAUGGUUGAGUCUGAUGGGACCCAAACUGAGAUCGAGGAGCUUUCAGACCUGUUGGACAGUACAAAGUACGACGGCGAGGAGACCGCUGAGGGUAGCACCCUCGCCGCAGUUGUAAAGACUAAGGCAGGUGGCCGAGGGAAGGGCCAUCAAAAGAGUCAAGGGCAGGUCGCUUCCAACCAGACCAAAGUUGCUGAUUGGGUCAAGGCAGGUCUUGAUCAAGAAGUGUGGCGGGGCCGUAGAGUGCGUGGUGCUUGCAUCAACUGUGGUGAAUACGGGCACAUCCAGUACAAGUGCAAGAACGCAAAGCAUGCCAUGAAUAGGAUCUUCCAUGACCACUUAGAUAAGUUUGUCGUUGUCUACCUUCACGAUAUUCUUAUCUUUAGUAAGUCUGUCGAGGAGCAUGCACAACACGUUAAGACUGUACUUUCACUCCUGCGACAACAUAAGUAUAAGGUCAAGCUAGAGAAAUGUGAGUUUGGACGCACUAAGAUCUUAUACUUGGGUCAUGAAGUAUCCGCGGAAGGUAUUAGGCCGGAAGAUGCGAAGGUGGCUAGUAUCAGGGACUGGCCACGACCUCAGACUGUCACUGAGGUCAGAUCUUUCUUAGGAAUGUGCGACUACUAUAGAAAUUUCGUAAAGAACUAUUCCACAAUCGCCUCUCCUUUGACUGAUCUAACUCGACUUGACACGCCGUGGGACUGGAGUGAUGAGUGCGAGGCUGCUUUCAAACGAUUGAAGCAUGCACUCAUGAAUCAUGAGGUUCUCAUGGUGCCCGAUCCGCAGAAGCCAUUCAUUGUAACCACUGACGCAAGCCAAUACGACAUUGGCGUAGUGCUGGCUCAGCAGGAUGGGAAUAAGUUGAGACCGAUUGAGUAUAUGAGCAAAAAAAUACCAUCUAAGAAACUGACAAAGUCCACCUAUGAAAGGGAACUCUAUGCUCUCUAUAAAACACUUGUCCAUUGGAGGCACUUCCUGUUGGGACGGUUUUUCUAUUUGAAAACUGACCAUCAGACCCUUAAAUGGAUCAAGACUCAACCGACUCUUUCUGAUGCACUCAAGCGCUGGAUUGAGGUCAUAGAUCAGUAUGACUUCAAGCUAGCGUAUCUGAAGGGAGAGUACAACAAGGUUGCAGAUGCGCUAUCACGUAGGGCAGACUACCUAGGGGCGCUAGUUUCUGAGUUUGGUGUAUCUGAAGAACUAACUCAAUCGUUGGUGGGAGCCUAUCAGGAAGACCCUGUCACGAUGGACAUCAUACGCAAACUUCAGGCAAAAGACAAGGCCACAAAAGAUAAAUUUGUGAUGGUGGACGGGCUUCUCUUUCUUGAUAAGGCCGGAUUUAGAAGGUUAGUUGUCCCAUCUAGUGAACGUUUGCGUAGUUUAUUCUUAGGAGAAUGUCAUGACACAACCGGACACUUUGGCUACAAAAAAACAAGUGUCAAUCUAGUACAGCGAUUUUGGUGGCCCAGAAUGCUUGAAGAUGCAAAGAAGUAUGUGGAGACCUGUCAGGUCUGUCAGCGGGACAAGCCGCGAACUCAAGCAYCGCUUGGGUUGCUGAAGCCCUUACCUAUCCCCGCUGGUCCGGGACAGGGUGUUUCCAUGGACUUCAUGGACACCCUGGUGACCAGUAGGAGUGGCAAGAGGCACAUCUUUGUCAUCAUAGACCGAUUCACCAAGUACGCUAAACUAAUUGCCAUGCCAGAGACCGCAAGGACUGAACACGUCAUCAAGUUGUUUAUGGACAACUGGGUGCGUGAUUUUGGACUACCGAAGUCAAUCGUCAGUCACAGAGACGUCCGCUUCACAAGUGAGUUGUGGAAGAAGACUGUUGAACAGAUGGGCAGUCAUCUUCAGAUGACUUCAGGAAAUCAUCCCGAAGCCAACGGACAGGCCGAGCAGAUGAACAGAGUUGUACAACACCUGCUGAGGCAUUACAUCAAGCCCAGCCAGGAUGACUGGGAUGAGAAGUUGCCCCUCAUUGCCAGCCUGUACAACAACGCUGUACAGAGCAGUACCGGCGUUAGUCCUAAUCAGCUGCACUUGGGAUGGAAGCCUAGAUCAGCUCUGGACUUCCUCCUACCUGAAAACCGAUCCUCUGCAACUCCGGGCACACUUGAGUAUGGUGUGCAAUAUGAGAAGUUGCUGCAGCAAGCUGUCGAGCACAUCAGGAAACCUCAGCAAGCAAUGAUUGCUUUUGAGAACAAACAUCGUCGACAGUCCUCAUUUCAAGUAGGGGAACGUGUCUGGGUCAAGGCUAGUGAGUUAGGACAGGAAUUCGGUAUCUCUCGAAAACUGAUGCCUCAGUAUUUUGGUCCUUGGGAAGUCCUGGAUAUAGUUGGGGAUGAGAUGGAUGGUCCUACCUAUGUUAUACGUAUCCCUGGUCACCUGCGCACUCACCCUGUCUUUCAUGCCUCAAAGCUUGCACCUUUCGCUGAGACAGAUCAAUUCCCUUCAAGGGGAUCGAUGCUGCCCCCAACCAUGGAUGGCCAAGUGGACAUCGACGACAUUGUGGAUCACAGAGACACGCCUGUUCCAAAGCCACUGGGUAGAGGAAGACCUCCCAAACCCAAGAGAGAAUAUCGCAUCAGAUUCAGGCAUCAUACGGAUCCCAAAGAAGAUCGGUGGUUCACCAGAGAGGAACUGAUUGACACAGCUCCUCAAGUGGUGGCAGAAUAUGAGAGGAUGUUAAAAGGGAAGGCACCUGCGAAGUAAGCAUCUCAGCGGACUUUCGAAGCUAAGGGGGAUGGAAUGUGAGGAUUGAGCCCUCAAAGGGGCCUUGCCGUGAUGAACAUG